GCACACCCAGCACCCACCGUCAAAGCGCUCUGCCCGCCACCGUUAUUCUGUCACCCGGAGGCCCUGCAGGGCGAUGAGCUGCUAGCAUGGAGGUAGCGUUCCACUCCGGACUUGCGAGAGCCUACACUCAAUCACCUACCUCCUCCUCCUCCUCCUCCUCCACCCCCACCACGCGCUCCCGGAUGACUUCGACGGGCGCCCCGCCUGCCCUCAUGAGCCACCAGAGCUACCAGAGCCAGUAUUCCGCAUACUCGCACAGCAGCGCCCGCGACACACAAUCCACCCAGGCCACCUCGUCCUCGACUCUCUUUAGCCACCCCCCGCCCUUUCCCUCCUCGUCCUCCUCCACUCCCGUCAAUGGCGGCCCCGUCGAAGCCUCCAAUAAUGUCCUCAACAAGCGUGCCGACAAGGACACCUCGCUCUUCCAACGAUGCCUCAAUCUGCAGAUGCGUCUCCGCCUGAUUCCCGGCUUCGAGCAGUGGAUGCGCGAGGAAGAGGACAAGGCCGACGACGAUGCAGAUCCCGUCACGCUGUUGUGGAGGACCUUCAGGAGGGGAUAUCCGCUUCUGGACAUUUACAAUGCCCUGGGCCCCAAGGUACCGCUGAGCAUCGACGAGUCCAAGAUUGCCGAGAAGAACAGACCCAAGACCGCGGCAUACAAGUUCAUUCAGGCGUGCGUCGGAGAGCUCAAAUUCCCCUCCGAAGAGUGUUUCAUUCUCAGUGACCUCUAUGGUGACGACACGACCGGUUUCGUAAAAGUCACCAAUGUCGUCAACCGCGUGCUGGAUAUUCUCGUGCAGAUGGGUAUAAUAAACACAGAGACUCCCGUGUCAGACGACGCCUCUGGCAUUUCCAACGGCAAGCGAACCCAACGGGAGCACAUCAUUGACGAAUUAGUCAAGACCGAGCGCACCUAUGUUCAGCAUUUGGAGCUCCUGCAGGCCUUCAAAAAACUUGUCGAAGAGAAAGGCGUCAUCACGGGUGACAGCGUGCACGAUAUCUUUCUCAACCUCAAUGCGCUCCUAGAUUUCCAACGUCGCUUUCUCAUCCGCGUUGAGCAGACAAACGCACAACCGCCGUCCGAGCAGAACUGGGGUCAGCUCUUCGUCUUGUACAAGGACGCCUUCCAUGUCUACGAACCGUACAUUGCCAAUCAGAAGAAGUGCGAGGAAGUCGCAAUGCGCGAGUUUGACAAGUUGAAGGAGACGGGAGGGUCAGCCGAAAUGCAGCAGAUGGUGGAAUCCCCAACCCACUUGACUUCCUUUCUCUUGAAACCUUUCCAGCGGCUCGCAAAAUAUCCUCUCCUUCUCAAGGAACUACGAGACAAAGGCGAUCUCGACCAACAGCGCAGGGAUGACAUCUCUAGCGGCAUAGAAGCGGCUACCUCUGUCCUCGAGCGAACAAAUGCGGCAAUUGACCGUGAGGAGAGGAUGGAAGCCGUGGAGGAGCUGAAGAUGUUGGUCGACGACUGGAAGGGUCAUCGCAUCGAAGGGUUCGGCGAUCUGUUGCUCCACGGCCAGUUCACCGUUCUCAAGGGUGACGCCCCCAACGCCAAGAGCGAAGAACGAGAGUACAAAAUCUACCUGUUCGAAAUGAUCCUGCUCUGCUGCAAGGACAUUAAUCCGAAUAAGCAGAAGAACCGGAUGAAGGCGUUGGCCAAGAACGGCAAGCCCAAGCUGCAGCUCAAAGGUCGCAUCUUCAUGCAGAAUGUGACGGAAACGAUAUCGCUGCAGAAACCAGGGUCCUACACAUGCCAAAUCUUCUGGAAAGGUGAUCCCGGAAUUGAGAAUUUCAUCAUCAAGUUCAAUUCGGAGGAGACCAUGAAGAAAUGGGCCACACAGGUCGAUACCCAACGACGCAUCUGGAAGGAUCACGCAAGAUCAAGCAGCAGCACGACACAAUCGAAGCCUUCCGACACACAGUUCAUCGCCCUCCAGGGAGAAGUUCUAGAAAACCCUUACCGAGAGGAUGACGACGACGGGGAUGACGAAGAUAUCGACACUGUAAUUCCAGGCUAUCCCGGACCCCAUGACCACUACCACCGACAGAACAGCUCGGGCGGACCCCCUCGGUCCCGGUCCACGACUGGCGAGAGUGGACCUCCAGGGAACGAGCUAGACCCGGGGCUACCACCUCCACGUUUCCCUGUCGGUUACCCUCCACAGGCUCCGCUGACCUUGCGCACCCAGCAGAUCGCAGCGUCUGCGGGCAACCAAGACUCAUACUUCUCCCCGACCGCCGAAUCCCCGGCGUCCGCCCAUUCCAUUGCUCGCACCAGUUCCUCAUCAGCUGGCACCUUCCCCUUUCCCAGACAGGCACCGCCAACCGGAUGGCAAGACGAGAACAAUCGCUACACCGCUCCUCCACCUGGGCGCGGACACAUGUCCCGCGAUGGGCCUAGUCGCGGCAUGCAGCGGCCAUCGCUUCCUGCUAAUGCUGGUCUCUCUAUGAUGCAAGGUCGAUCGAGGGCCGCAAGCAGCCCUGACAUUCACAACUCUGCAGGGCGCAGGGCACCACCCAGCGGACCAACACCCCCAGUGCCUGAUGUCCCUCCGUUCCCCAUCCAUUUCGCCUAUGAUCGAGCCAUUCCACAUCGGAGCCAGAGCAAUUCCCCGGGCAACUUACCAACUCGAGCCGCUACACAAUCGCCUGCGGUACAGCGGGAGCGUUUAGCCGUGCAGCAACGCACUGCUGCGGAAUUGGCGAAUACGGACUAUCAUGGUGGCCCAGCACGUCGGGAUCCUUCCCAUUCGGCGAUGUCACGCAAUGGAACUCCCCUCUCGUCGUUCGAGCGCACACUAACCCCGUCUUCGAUGGAUUCUCGGACGACCUCGCCUCCGUUGCCGACACAGCUGAAAGUGAAGGUCCAUUGUCCCUCAGCUGGCAGCACGAUGACGCUUGUCGUUCCGACGACAAUUAGCUUCCAAUCCCUGAAAGACCGCAUCGACGCCAAGCUUCAGCGCUCGACGAGCGUGUCUCUCAGCGCGGGACAGGUGAAGCUGAAGUAUCUCGACGAAGACGACUUUGUGAGCAUCCAGUCCGACGAGGAUGUGCAAACGGCGUUCGAGACAUGGAAGGAGCAGCAGAGGGACCUGGGAGCCGGUGGACAGCAACUAGGCGAGAUUGAGCUGUUUUGUCAGCGAUGAUACCACAAUCUGUUUUGAGCGUGGUCAAAAUGGUAUGUCUUGUUUGAGUGUGUUUUGCAUGUUUUCCAGCCG